AUGUUUCUUGGACGCCAAUAUAGUGUUUUGCCGUUCGUCAACGAGCUAACAUGUCAUCGGUCAAAAUCGAUGCUGGUUGCAAAAAUGAAAGAAGUUUUAAAAGGUGCAGCAAUGAAUAAAAGUAUGGAAGAACAAAAAAGCGAACUUGAAAGCGAAGUGGAUGAGAAGGGUGAACCAUUUCGAAAAUUUUUUGUUAUGCCUGAACGACGGCUUAGGGCACAACAGGAUAUCUUGCGGAUGACUGGUCGAGAUAUUCAGACUAAGAAACCUCCGCGUAAUCUUUACGAGCUCACAUCGGUGCGUCGCCCACGACGUGAAGAAAUGGAAACUGAUCAAGAUUGGCCCAGUGUCUGGCCGGUUGCCGCAUCUUUUCGUGCCUCUGUUGUGCCCAUCCCUGUUAGAAUGGGGACCAGAAAAUACCCGGAAAAAAAACCUCCGUUCAAGACGGUUGGUAACUUAGAACUUGUGAAGAUUCCAAAUUUCUUGCAUCUAACACCGGAAGCUAUUGAACGGCAUUGCAACGCCAUCAAAAAAUUUUGCACAAAGUGGCCGUCUGAGCUUGACGAUUCUGUAGAAUUAUCGGAAACUAAUUAUCCGGUGAUGGUUUCUAUGUCUGACUACGUGCAUCAGGGAACUUCUUUGCGGGACCCACGAAGCCGUAUUAUUACUAUUAAAAUCAAAUUGUCAGCAUUGAAUUUAAAUGAUAGUGCGAAAGAAAAGAUGAUGAGGCUGGUAGGAGAUCGAUAUUGCCGUGAAACUGAUGUUUUAACCCUUAUAACUGAUCGGUGUUAUACGCGAAAGCAGAAUUUGGAUUAUGCUAUUUAUCUUUUAACGGCAUUGUAUCAUGAAUCAUGUAAGGUCGAAUCUUGGGAAAGUAUGGCCGAGAGAGCUGACGCUUUAGAAGUUCGUUUUGAAGGUUCAGAGUCUGAGAAGAUCGCCGUCAAGGUCGCGCAGAGCUUAGUUUCUCCUGAAGGGGAUGACCUAGAAAUGUCCAGUCCGUCUUUGGACAAGCCUGAUGAAAGUAUUGGAGCAAAAGUGAAGCGGUUUGGUGUAUCCUGGGAGAAGUACAGAAAUGAGAAAGAAACUCCAGAGACAGUUAACGAAUAUGAAGCAGCUGUAAGAGAUUUGCUUGCCAUCCCUAGUCUCGAAGAGAGAAAGGCAACACAGUGA